AGGCAGUAGGGAGUUUUCUGCUGGGGUCAGAAGGACUUUGGACAGACGAACGGAUCCUGCCCCGAACACCCCUGUAUGAGUGGAGUCUAGCAGAAAAAGAAAACAUCCCCAGCCUUUUUUUCCUCUCUUGCCUCAAAGAGUCUACAUGUCUAGUGGCAUCUAGACAUGUUCAGCUUUGUGGAUAUGCGGCUGGCGCUGCUGCUCAGUGCAGCAGUGCUCCUGGUCAGAGCGCAGGGCGAGGACGACCGCUCAGGUGCCAGCUGCACCUUGGACGGCCAGGUGUUUGCGGACCGUGACGUGUGGAAGCCAGAGCCAUGCCAGAUCUGCGUGUGCGACAGCGGCACGGUCAUGUGCGACGAGGUCAUUUGUGAGGACACCACGGACUGCCCCAACCCCAUCAUCCCCCACGACGAGUGCUGCGCCAUCUGCCCCGAUGACGGCUACCAGCAGGCUGAGGGACCCAAGGGAGAGCGUGGAGCCAAGGGAGAGCGGGGUCCAAAUGGUCCCCCUGGUAGAGAUGGUCUCGACGGACAGCCCGGCGUCCCCGGACCCAUCGGCCCCCCUGGACCUCCCGGCCUCGGUGGAAACUUCUCCCCUCAGAUGUCUGGCGGCUACGAUGACAAAUCCCCUGCCAUGCCCGUCCCCGGACCCAUGGGCCCCAUGGGACCCCGUGGAGCCCCCGGACCUGCUGGUGCAAGUGGACCUCAGGGAUUCACAGGCCCCCCUGGUGAGCCUGGAGAGGCUGGUGCUAGCGGUCCCAUGGGUCCCCGUGGAGCUGCAGGCCCUCCCGGCAAGAAUGGAGAGGAUGGUGAGUCCGGCAAACCUGGUCGCGGUGGUGAGCGUGGACCUUCCGGCCCACAGGGAGCUCGUGGCUUCCCAGGAACCCCUGGACUGCCCGGCAUCAAGGGACACAGAGGAUUCAGCGGUCUGGAUGGUGCUAAGGGAGACAGCGGCCCCGCUGGACCCAAGGGAGAGGCUGGAUCUGCUGGUGAGAACGGAACCCCCGGAGCCAUGGGACCUCGUGGCCUGCCCGGUGAGAGAGGUCGUGCUGGUGCUACCGGUGCUGCUGGAGCUCGUGGUAACGAUGGUGGUGCUGGUGCUGCUGGACCUCCUGGACCUACUGGCCCAGCUGGACCUCCUGGAUUCCCCGGUGGCCCUGGAGCCAAGGGUGAGCUCGGAGCUCAGGGUGCUCGUGGAGGCGAGGGCCCCGCUGGAGCCCGUGGAGAGCCUGGAAACCCCGGACCUGCCGGCCCCGCUGGACCUUCUGGAAACCCUGGUGCUGAUGGAUCUGCUGGAGUCAAGGGAGCCCCUGGCGCUGCUGGAGUUGCUGGAGCUCCUGGUUUCCCCGGACCUCGUGGACCCCCAGGACCUCAAGGAGCUGGUGGUGCCCCCGGAGCCAAGGGAAACACUGGUGAUGCUGGUGCUUCAGGAGCCAAGGGAGAGGCUGGUGCCAAGGGAGAGGCUGGUGCUCCAGGUCUUCAGGGACCCCCUGGACCUUCUGGUGAAGAGGGCAAGAGAGGAGCCAGAGGAGAGCCUGGUGCUGUUGGAGGCCGUGGAGCCCCCGGAGAGCGUGGUUCCCCUGGCGGUCGUGGUUUCCCUGGCUCUGAUGGCUCUGCUGGACCCAAAGGUGCCACCGGUGAGCGCGGAUCCCCUGGUAUUGUUGGACCUAAGGGUUCCACUGGUGAGCCUGGUCGCACUGGUGAGCCUGGUCUGCCUGGAGCCAAGGGAAUGACUGGUAGCCCUGGCAGCCCUGGACCCGACGGCAAGCUUGGACCUAAUGGAGCCCCUGGACAAGACGGUCGCCCCGGACCCCCUGGAGCUGUUGGAGCUAGAGGUCAGCCUGGAGUCAUGGGAUUCCCCGGACCCAAGGGCGCUGCUGGUGAGGGUGGAAAGCCUGGCGAGAGAGGAGUCUUGGGACCUACCGGCCCAGUCGGAGCCCCUGGAAAGGACGGUGAUGUUGGUGCUCAGGGACCUUCUGGACCAGCUGGCCCCGCUGGCGAGAGAGGAGAGCAGGGAGCCGCUGGUUCCCCCGGAUUCCAGGGACUUCCAGGACCCCAGGGAGCCAUUGGUGAGACUGGCAAAUCCGGAGAGCAGGGUGUUCCCGGUGAGGCUGGAGCCCCAGGAGUCGCCGGUUCUAGAGGAGACAGAGGAUUCCCCGGUGAGCGCGGUGCCCCUGGCGCCCUUGGACCUGCUGGAGCCCGUGGAUCCCCCGGAUCAUCUGGAAACGAUGGCGCUAAGGGAGACGCUGGAGCCCCAGGUGCUCCUGGAGCAGGAGGUCCUCCUGGACUGCAGGGAAUGCCCGGUGAGCGCGGUUCCGCUGGUCUGCCAGGACUGAGGGGAGACAGAGGAGACCAAGGACUCAAGGGAGCUGAUGGUGCUGGCGGUAAGGAUGGCCCCCGUGGCUUGACUGGACCAAUUGGACUUCCCGGACCUGGUGGCGCUACUGGAGACAAGGGAGAGCCCGGUGCUUCUGGAGCUGUCGGACCCGCUGGAGCCCGCGGCGCCCCUGGCGAGCGUGGAGAGUCUGGACCACCCGGACCUGCUGGAUUCGCCGGACCCCCUGGUGCUGAUGGACAGCCUGGUGCUAAGGGAGAGGCUGGAGAUAAUGGUGCUAAGGGAGAUGGUGGUGCCCCAGGCCCCGCUGGACCAACUGGUGCUCCUGGACCCCAGGGUCCCAAUGGAAACAAUGGUGCUAAGGGAGCCCGUGGACCCGCUGGACCUCCUGGUGCCACUGGCUUCCCCGGUGCUGCCGGUAGAGUUGGACCCCCUGGCCCCUCUGGCAACUCUGGACCCGCUGGACCUCCCGGACCAGGCGGCAAGGAGGGACUUAAAGGAAACCGUGGUGAGACUGGACCUGCCGGUCGCCCCGGUGAGAUCGGAGCUGCUGGACCCCCAGGACUGUCUGGAGAGAAGGGUAGCCCUGGUGCUGAUGGUGCUCAAGGACCUGCUGGUAUUCCUGGACCUCAAGGUAUCGCUGGAGGCCGUGGUAUCGUUGGUCUGCCUGGACAAAGAGGAGAGAGAGGAUUCCCUGGCAUGCCUGGACCUUCUGGUGAGAUUGGAAAGCACGGACCUUCCGGCCCCGGUGGUGAGCGUGGACCUCCUGGACCCAUGGGACCCCCUGGACUGGCUGGAGCCCCCGGUGAGGCUGGACGUGAGGGAACCCCUGGAAACGAGGGAUCCGCUGGACGUGAUGGAGCCGCUGGACCCAAGGGAGACCGUGGAGAGUCUGGAUCUGCUGGAGCCCCCGGCGCCCCUGGACCCCCUGGUGCCCCCGGACCCGUCGGACCCGCUGGAAAGAGUGGUGACCGUGGAGAGACCGGACCUGCUGGAAUCGCUGGCCCUGCUGGCCCUGCUGGACCUCGUGGCCCUGCUGGACCUGGUGGUAUGCGUGGAGACAAGGGAGAGACCGGCGAGGCUGGAGAGAGAGGCAUGAAGGGACACAGAGGAUUCACCGGCAUGCAGGGACCCCCUGGACCUUCUGGACAAUCUGGAGAGCAGGGACCCGCUGGUUCUGCUGGACCUUCUGGACCUAGAGGCCCCUCUGGAUCUGCUGGUUCUCCUGGUAAGGAUGGUAUGAGCGGUCUUCCCGGACCCACCGGACCUCCCGGACCUCGUGGUCGUUCUGGCGAGAUGGGACCUGCUGGUCCUCCCGGACCUCCUGGACCUCCCGGAUCACCUGGAGCAUCUGGUGGUGGAUUCGACCUCGGCUUCAUUGCCCAGCCCCAGGAGAAGGCACCCGAUCCCUUCCGCAUGUACCGCGCUGAUGACGCCAACGUUCUCCGUGACCGCGACCUGGAGGUUGACAGCACCCUGAAGAGCCUGAGCCAGCAGAUUGAGCAGAUCCGCAGCCCCGAUGGAACCAAAAAGAAUCCCGCCAGAACCUGCAGGGACCUCAAGAUGUGCCACCCAGACUGGAAGAGCGGAGAGUACUGGAUCGACCCCGACCAGGGCUGCACUCAGGAUGCCAUCAAGGUCUACUGCAACAUGGAGACUGGAGAGACCUGUGUAGCACCCACUCAGCGUGAGGUUGCCAAGAAGAACUGGUACAACAGCAAGAACAUCAAGGAGAAGAAGCACAUCUGGUUCGGAGAGGCCAUGAAUGACGGCUUCCAGUUUGAGUAUGGCAGCGAGGGCUCUCUCCCAGAGGAUGUCAACAUCCAGAUGACCUUCCUGCGCCUCAUGUCCACCGAGGCAUCCCAGAACGUCACCUACCACUGCAAAAACAGCGUUGCCUACAUGGACGUCGCUGCCGGCAACCUCAAGAAGGCCCUUCUCCUCCAGGGCUCCAACGAGAUCGAGAUCAGAGCCGAGGGCAACAGCCGUUUCACCUACAGCGUCCUGGAAGACGGAUGCACGUCACACACCGGAACGUGGGGCAAGACAGUCAUCGAUUACAAGACAUCGAAAACAUCUCGCCUGCCCAUCAUUGAUAUUGCUCCCAUGGACGUUGGUGCUCCAGACCAAGAGUUUGGCAUUGAAGUUGGACCCGUCUGUUUCUUGUAAAAAGAGAAAUCUGGACUUGAAAUUGUUGUUGUGUGUGUGCGCGCGUGUGUGUUUUAUUAUUUUCUAUCAGUCAUCUCUCCCUAAAAAGAAAUCCCACCAAAACAUUCUCCUAAUGUAAUUUUCCUGACAAAAAGCAACCCCCGGCCUCUGAUUCUACACGUUUCCAUUUGGCUGUUGUUCUGAUGGUCCACUUGCCUAAAACCUGCACUUCAACAAGAACAAGAUGGUGGCGGUGUGGUGACCUUCUGCAUCGUCGUGUUUCGGACCACUACUUUUUUGACUCUUGUUUUUUUUUUUGUUUUUGUUCGUUUUUUUGCCAUCACCAACACCAAGGAUCCUGUAGAGAAGACAUUUUGUUUCACUGGCAACAAGAAAAUAAUAUAUGCCUCUGUAAAGUGUAAAGAAAAAACCCCUCCCCCUCUUCAUCCAGCCCUCUUUGGAGUUUACAGAAACACACAGGUGACUUUUGUAUUUUUAUACGCCUCUGCGCUGAGGAAUGAAAGGACAGUCCCAACAGACAGAAACCAAUUGCUUUGUACCACGUUUCAGGUGUUGAUGAAUAAAGGUGAAACUGACUGACGUUUGUCUCUGUCGUUCUGGCCUUCCCUGCUCCUCGCUCCCCAGACAGCGCUCACUUCUCCCUCCUCCACCUCAUCCGCUGAUGUUGUAGCUGUUGUGAUCUGUUUGUUGUUGUGGUUGCCUUGUUGUAAAUUCACACUCAAACCACCCGCAGAGAAACAUAGGAUUAACCCUCUGUUUUGAAAAAAAAAAAAAAAAAAAAUGCUAUGGCUACCUCAAGAUAGAAAGAAAUUCCAGCUACAUAAGAGGGAGGGGGGGGUCCCGUGAUUUGGAAUUGAAGUCUGCAGUAGUACCUGUGAUUGCUGGGGUAGUCAAGGUUUACUGACACUUAAACAGAAGCAGAAACAACAAAAACCUAAGGUGCUAUUCUUUCUUUGAGGUCUGCUGGCUGUACUAUGGCUGUACUGUUCUGUGUUACGGUCAGCCUGGCACGCCGGGCUCCUCUUGGUGCUAAAACGAAAUCACAUCUUUCAUUCUUGGUGUCUAGGACGAGACAGAUUUCCUCUAUACGAUAGUGUUGGCAGGCAAACUCCAGCUCUGUUCCUCAAUUCAAGUAAAAAGCUAUUUUUGCUUUUAUGUCUUGAACUUUCCCUCCCCCUUUCCAUUCCAUGCAUCUGUUGGAGUUUGUUUCUUGUUCUCAUGUGCAACAGGUGAAUUUUCUCAACAAGACAUUGAAAAAAAAAAAAAAAAAAAAUUGGAAACAGAGAUUUAAAACAAGAGAGCCACCAGCAAAGAGAUUGUGAGAGACGUUAGACACACCAAUGGGGGAAAAACACCACAAGGUUCUGUACCUAUUUUGUAUAUGUAUAAUAAAUUGAGAUGUUUUUAAUUAUUUUGAAUGCUGAAAUAAAGCAUGUUAAGUCGUGAA